AUGCCCUGUCAUAAACGAAAAGGCCUGUCCCAGGACCCUUUUGAAGGCAAUGACGAUCCAAACGUUGACAUUGUGGAUGUGGACAACCAUCUUGGACGAUCUAUUCGGCGCAUGAUGUUACUUAGCAAAGCAACCCUUCCUAUUAACGUGGACGACGACGCUUACGAGUAUGACGUCCUGCAAAAGAGCCCUAAAGAGCUUCACCAGGAACUACGCAGACACAUCACAGAUGUCAAAGAAGGGUUAAAACAGUCUGAAGAUAAUUCCGACAUCGAUGAACAUAUCAUAGAUGAACUCUCUCGCAUGGUCUAUGGGACUAAUAUGAUCGAGAAUGUGGGUGGAGGUCUUGACAUCACACUGAAGCUCUGCAGAGACGUCUUUCGGGGAGACAAAGAACCACCUGAAGAGAUUAGCGAAGACGACCCGGAGUACGAACAACUCGAUCUCUAUCUCUACAAUAAGGACCUACCUUGCAGACAUGCCGAUAUCCUUCGAAGUUACCGAGAAAUCGUUCAACAUGCCAAGGCUGCCAGGUUCAUGAUCGAGCAAGUCUGCAUCAACGACAAGGACUUAUCUGAGUAUAUUAUCACGCAAGUACAUGGCGACCUGACAUACAAAAUCGACAUCAGCAAUGAUAUACCCUGGAACGAAUACAGUGGACAGUAUCGAUUAUGGAAUGUCCAGUGUGGUUCUCACGUCUUCAUGGACCACAGCAAAGUCCGCAUCGCGAUGCGCGACAUGAUAGAGGAACUAGAGUCCGACAUCAGAAAGGCUACAGACAAAGGACAAAUCGACCCGGUAGCACUUGCUAGCAAGUAUUGCCACAAGUUUGUUAACAUCCAUCCGUUUGGAGACGGCAACGGCAGGAUGUGCCGUCUUAUUCUUAACACGCUCCUCAUCAAGUACGGCGGCGGGUGUCCAUUCGUCACCAUUGGACUGGACGGCAGAGAUCGGCGGGAGUAUUUGCGUAUUGCCGUGGCACAAAAUAUGAAGCAGCUCGCGUUUUUCACGCUACAACAUGCCCAUGACAGUAUGCUCAGGCUUAAAGAGGCGACAAAACUUAGGGUAUCCCCAGAACCCUAA